AUGGGACCGUAUUCUGCCAUCCUAUGUGAGGCCACUACCGGUACCUGUUGGGAUUUUGCAUUCUACCGCUCAGAAGCUGGUCACCAGAUCCACGACCUAGAGGAAAGUGAUUCCGAACCUGAACCUGAGAAAGAAGAACCCGAGAAGACGGCAGCCGAGUCUUACAUAACCGCCUAUCUGGAGCAGAUGUUUUCCAAGAGGUUCGACGCCAUGCAAUCCAUGGUGGAACGUUUACCAGGAGUAGGUCCCCCAAUCCGGAGGAGAAACCACGACUCGUACACAGAUACUCCCUUCGCGGAGGAGAUCGCCUCAGUCGAGAUGCCUCGAAAAUUCUCCUUCCCCAGAAUCAAGAUGUACGAUGGCACCGGAGACCCCGACGAUCAUAUCGCACAAUAUAAACAGAGGAUGCUAGCGGUUGUGCUCCCCAAGGAGUCCCGUGAGGCUACCAUGUGUAAAGGGUUCGGCUCCACUCUAAUUGGACCCGCCUUGCAAUGGUAUAUCAAUCUCCCUACCAGGUCCAUCUCUUCCUUUACCGACCUGAGCGACAAUUUCGUAGAAUAUUUCGCGAGUAGCAGGAGCCUGGAGAAGACUUCAGACGGUCUCUACGAGAUCCGCCAGCAUCGAGUAGAACCCCUGCGGGACUUCAUAUCCCGUUUCAUUGAAGAGAAGGUAGCGGUCCCUGUAUGCAGCAUCCCUACCGCAAUCUCUGCCUUCAAGAGAGGCCUACUUCCAGACCGAGGGCUCUACAAAGAGCUAACCAUGUACCCUUGCAAAACCAUGGAGGAUGUGAUAUCCCGAGCAUGGGCACAUGUGAAGUGGGAAGAGGACGUCGCUAGCCGUGCCAAGGCUCAACCCAAACAGGUUCAGAAGUCCACCAGAUCAGAUUGGGGAGACCGAGAAGAAACAUCCUCCCAAAAGGGAUCCAAGGACUCCGGAAGCAGGAACCGGGGCAGACUGCGACACCCUGAAGAUCGGAUCGAGGUCAACGAACUGCUCCAAAAGGGGCAUCUCCGAGAAUUCCUUUCAGAGAAAGCCAAGGCUCAUCUUAGCAAAGAAGCAUCAGGGAAAUCCAAACGGGACGCACCAAGCUCACCACCUCGCCAGAACCGGGUGAUUCAUGUCAUCUCAGGAGGCUCUGAAGUAAGUGGCGUGAGUCAUGCAGCUGCGAAGAAGAGCACCCGUAAUGCUAAACACAGCCUAGAGACUACUCAACCUAAACGCCUACUUCUAGGUACCGACGAGAUAAGCUUCACAGCCAAGGAGCAAGAGAAGAUAUUAGCUCCCCCCCAUGACGCUCUAGUUGUCUCUCUCACCAUAGCGAACUGUUUGGUGAAAAGAAUACUAGUAGACAACGGGUCCUCCAGCAAUAUCAUCUUCCUGACGGCGUACCAAGACUUAGGGUUAGAGGAGAAUACCCUGACGCGCAAAGUAACCCAACUCAUCGGGUUCAGCGGCGAGGUCAAGCAAACCAUUGGGGAGAUUGUUCUGCCAGAAUCUGCUGAAGGGAUCAACCUAUCUACCAAAUUCCUGGUCGUGGACUGCCAAUCGGCAUACAACAUGAUCUUAGGACGACCCGGGAUUCACAACAUGGGAGCAGUCCCCUCAACCCUCCAUCAAAUAGUGAAGUUCCCUACACCCUGGGGCAUCAGAGCAAUCCGAGGAGACCAGAAGAAUUCUAGGUCCUGCUACCAGACCACCUUAAAAGGGUAG